AUGCCCAACCCCCUGCUGCCGCAGGGCGGAGGCCCAGCAACCGGAGACAACAUAGCCGCCUUGGAUAUGUAUGUCUCUGAGGGCUCCCUGCCCGAUGUCGAACAUCAUCUAGCGGAUAAGUUAACAAAAUUGGUUGACUCCCUCAUCCCUAGACUAGAUAGUCUUGAGCGAGCGGUGUCCGGUAAGGUCUUGCAACCUGCUGGCCCCCCCAGAGCAGACUUGUUCAACACACUGCUUGCAAGAAUCGAGGAUAUUGCAACUAAUCUGACCAGAUUAGAGAAGAAAGUGGAGACGAUGUCUCUUGCCUCCUCCUCUAACAUGACGGUUCAGCCUGUUGCUAAUCCAGCAAAACUACCUGCCAAGUCAGCACCUCUCUACUCAGAGAAAGUCGCUGGAAGACUUCCUACAGGUUUGCCCAAACACUUACCACCGGUACCACCCUCCUCACAUAUCAAUAGGUUCAAAUUAGGUCAGGUUGUGAUACGUAAACGUUUCGAUCAACCCAAACCUUUUGAGGGCCUAACAGCCACCCAAAUCUGCCAAAGAAUUGAUGAGGCACUAACCUUUGCAAAAGCCACCGUUGAUGAUGAAAUAAUCAAGGUCAAAGCAGUAGCUCAAUUCCCGAACGGCGAUGUCAAAAUCUUCACCAAAGAUCGACGAGCAGCAAAAUGGCUGCUAGAUAAUAAACACUUAUGGACUGAGAAAGCUGAUCCUGUUUUUAUCACCUCCCGCGUAACUCACCCAGUCCUAUUACACUCCUGCCCCACCAGCUUCGAAGUAGACAACAAAGACCAUGUUGAACUUUUAUGCAAACAGAACGAUAUUAACCCCAAGGAGAUCCAAAAGAUCCGAUGGCUCCUCAACCCUAAGACAACCGGUAAAGCUACCAGUACCCUCUUGAUCCACUUCCUUGACAGGCGAUUGGCUCUCGACAUCGAAAGGGCUGGUUUGUGUUACAACAGUCUACACCUGAAAGGCCAACAUUACCUGCAGGGCCCCAAACAAUGUUACAAUUGUUUAGCGGUUGGACACUUAGCGCACUCUUGCAAAGAGAAAGCCCUCUGCUCUCGCUGUGGAGCCAACCAUAACUCAGCUUCAUGCGAAGAGAUGGAAGACUCUAGCAGAAGUUGCCAGAGAUGUCUGAAUGUUGAUCGUAAAGUGUCCUCUCCCAUUGACCUAUCUGACCCCAAAUACGACCAUUCCCCCUUCAGCAGUAUCUGUCCAGUACGCACCAAAGAGUUAGAUAAGAUCUCGGCAGAGAAGACCCACUCCUCUAAACAAUGA